AUGUCCAUGGAGGAAAGCAUCAGCUUGGAGGAGACCAACAAGAUCCGUAUAUCUCUUGGUCUCAAGCCUCUGACUGACGACAAGGCUUCAAGUGACGACAAGGAAAAACAGGCAGAAGACAAUUAUGCGAAACAACGAGAGCGCGAGGCCAAGGAUCGCGAAACAAAGAAGAUUCAGGAUAGAAUAGCCAAGGUGAGAAAUCGACGGGAACUCAAUGCUUCCCUCAAAGGCUCGACGCUUGGUGAUGCAGAUGGCGAUACCGACGAUACUCUAAAAUGGAUCAAGAGGAGUAAGAAGAAGGAAAAGGAACUCGCCAAGAAGCGCCAGCAAGAAUUAGAGAACUUGGACCAGAUGUAUCAGGGAGAAGAAUACACUGAACGUGAUCUCGCUGGCCUUAAAGUUAGCCAUGACCUUGACGCCAUGGAAGAGGGUGAGGAUCGUAUACUCACGUUGAAGGAUAGUCGAAUUUUGGAUAAUGAAGAGGAUGAACUCCAGAACGUUGAAAUGGCGGAGGCAGAGGCCACUAAGAAGCGUAAUGAACUAAAGAUAAAGAAGCGUGAUUACACAGGAUACGACGACGAGGAAUUUGUGGGUGGGAAGCAGGGGAUGAAACGCUCUAUUCUGUCCAAGUACGACGAAGAACUUGAAGGUUCGCAAGAAAUGGGUUUCCGUCUAGGAAGCGCAGUGAAGUCAAAGAAGGCAGCGCAAGAAGAGGAGAAGCAUGCAGCGGCAGCGGCAGUUAACAAAGCAUUAUUGUCCAUAGACUACGACAAAAAUAUAGAAACUGGCGACUAUCUCAAAGAAGGUGAUGUAGGUUUCAAAAAACCGAAGACAAAGAAGAAACGAUCUUCCAGGCGUGCUCCAGCCGAGACUGAACUAGCUGAUGCUGACGAGAUGGAUGUCGAUCAGAAGCCUAUAAUUCCGCGUCCGCGUGACCUUGACAUGAAUUUUGUCGAUGAUGACGAGCUUCAGGCUGCAUUAGCACGCUCAAGAAGAACGAAACUUCGGAAAGCCACUAAGCUGUCUCCUGAAGAGUUGGCGAAGAAAAUCACCGCUCAACGAUCAAAGGAGGAGGAUGAAGACAUGGUUAUUGAUCGAACGGAAAACCGGGACGAUACGAAUCCUGAAGCGGCCUCUACGGAAGGUCUAACUUUUGACGAUACGUCAGAGUUCGUGCGCUCCGUUGGAAACAAUCCUAUUGUCGUGAAAAAGGAGCCCAAAGAAAUCAUACCUGCUACAGCAUCAUCGAGUCGUCAACAACGGUCUCUAUCAAGAGAUGUAUCUAUGGCGCCAGGAGACGAAGCUUUAGAGGAGUUGGAAGCUGGAGAAGUGGCCGUCAAGGAUGAGGACGACGACGAUUACGAUAUGGAUAUGUUGAACGCUAUCGAAGAUGUCCUGAAAACCACCGAAGCUGAGAGUGCAACCGUGGAUGACGGCGUUGGUGGUACUUCAUCCGAGCAAACCUUCAAUUCCGGCAUGGCAUCGACUCUGAACAUACUGCGGCAACAAGGCAUACUUUCUACUCCGAGUGCGGAUGCGAAGGAGCGAGAAAGGACACAGCUUCAGCGAGAUCUCUGGCUUGCCGAUCAGCGUCGUCGGGUUGCUCAGCGGGAGAUGGAAAGACUGCAGUCACGCGGAGGUAAUCGGGACCAAGCACAGCGAGAGUACGAGAAUCGUAUUCGGGAACAACAGGAAGCCCGCGAAAACCUGGAGUCAUUCAAGAACUACAAACCUGAUGUUAACAUCGUGUACUAUGACGAGUACGGACGUAGUCUCACACCCAAGGAAGCAUGGAAAGCGUUGUCUCACAAGUUCCAUGGAAAGGGUUCUGGGAAAAUGAAGACAGAGAAACGGUUGAAGAAGAUUGCAGAAGAACAAAAGAAGGCUGCGAUGGCUAGCGGAGACACUCCUUUGAGUAUGAAUAAGGCCUUUUUGCAGCGCCAAGAGAAGGCAGGUCAGGCUCAUUUUGUCCUCUCCGUGGGUAACAGAGGUGCCGUGCCGCAAGCUGCCGAUUUCAUCGAGACACAGCCUUUGUCGAAAGGCAAAACGGAGAAGACCAAGAAGAAGAAGGAAAGCAACAAGAAUGCCCAAGCCCAAGCCCAAGCCGCAGAUUCCGGUUUCAUUACCUUACCUGCACCUGCGGUGCAGAACCUGGCAAACGGGGGAGCUUUGGGAUCCGGCUUUUCUUCGAUUGGUAGUACGGGUUCUCCUACGCCCAAACCAGGUUUCUCUAGGAUCGGCUCUGCCGCUGAACCAUCUUCGAGGGAUGGGACACCUGGAGUCUCCGAGCGUUCGAAGGUUACGUUUGGGUUUGGGACGAAGAGGAAGGCAGAUGGUGAAGCUCAGGGCACUCCGCCUUCAAAACGUCGGUAA